AUGCAGGUGAGCGACGAGAUGAAUUCAGCUAUAACUGAUCCUCAAAGACUCUCUAGAAUCAAACAACUACUUUGCAAUGUGCUAAAAGGGAACAACAGGCAUAGGGGAGCCAAGACUGCAGUUUCCAUGGGUAUCACUAACACAGAGAGAAGGCUUCACCAGUUGAUGCUCGAUGAUAGGGAUUAUAAGAGGUCUGAAGAAGAUAGUGGGAACGAGAAUUGCCGGACAAAGGUUACUGUUGUCAAUUGGUUUGACAAGGAUUAUUCUGUGGUCACAAUACGGUGUAAGGAUAGGCCGAAGCUUCUUUUCGAUACAAUUUGCACUUUAACAUAUAUGCAAUAUGUGGACCGCCAGAAGAGUUAUGCUGAUCGGAGACGUAGACCACUAGAGUUCUCUGUUGGCGACCAUGUAUUUCUACGAGUUUCACCCACGAAAGGGGUGAAGAGAUUUGGCAUCAGAGGUAAGCUAGCUCCGCGGUAUAUUGGUCCUUUCGAAAUCUUGGAGAGGAUCGGAGCAGUAGCUUACCGACUGGCACUACCACCGUCCCUGUCAGGCGUUCACGAUGUAUUUCACGUAUCUAUGCUGAGGAGAUACGUACUUGACUCGACGCAUGUACUGGCUGAUAUUCCAGUUCCAGUUCAGCCUGAUAUUACAUAUGAGGAGAUUCCGGUACGGAUUCUCGACCGAAAAGAGCGUCAGUUGCGGAACAAGACCAUCCGGCUGGUUAAAGUCGGAUGGCAGCAUCAUUCAAACGAGGAGGCUACAUGGGAGCUUGAGGAUACGAUCCGAGCUCGAUAUCCUCAU